AACUCCGCCAUGUUUUGAGAUUUUGCGGAGAGGUGUGUUGGUUGGGUUACGGAGAGUGUAGCAACAUUUUACAUACGCUUUUUUUCCUGGAAAAUGCACACCUCUCAACUAAUUUUAUCUAUUUAUAUACAUUUUAUCGUCCAUAAGACUGUUAGGUCGCAGUAACGUUACAUCAAAUGACAACGGUCCCACAGCUUACUUGUGGUUAGCUAUCGUUUGAAGAAGAUUAGAAGGGGCUUGCUCCCUACAAAUUCUUUCGUCUUCUGCUUUCGGAAUGUUUUCCAAAAAGCCUCAUGGGGACGUCAAAAAAUCUACACAGAAAGUGUUGGAUCCAAAAAAAGAUGUUCUGACACGUCUGAAACACUUGCGGAUUGUUAGUGAAAAUGCUGAGUCGGGGGAUCUGAAGCACUUCUUUGACCAGUACUACUCUCACAUCUACUAUGUGUUCUUUGAGAACUUUGUCACCAUUGAAGUCAGUCUCAAACAAAAAGGUCACAAAUCGCAAAGGGAAGAACUUGACUCCAUUCUAUUCAUAUUUGAGAAGAUUCUGCAACUCCUACCAGAGCGAAUACACGGACGAUGGCAGUUCCACAGCAUAGGCCUCAUCCUAAAGAAGCUGUUGCACACUGGGAACUCUUUAAAGAUCCGAAGGGAGGGUGUGCGUCUGUUCCUGCUAUGGAUGCAGGCCCUGCAGGGUAACGCACUAAGAGAGCAACUAUGGAUAUUUGCCUGUCUGAUCCCUGGCUUCCCAUCCCCUCAGUCAGAGCUUGGACCCCGUACCCUGGACAACCUGGUGAACCCUCCUCUCAGCUUUCAGGAGACUCAAGUGACUCCAGAAGAGAUCAGUCCCCUGGUUCCUCCACAGUCAGGGGAUAAGGGCCAGGAAGACCUCACAGGAUACUUUCUAGAGGCUCUUCUGAAAUACAUGGUAAACCAGGCCAAAAGUCUGGAGUGGAAGUGCAAAGACAACCACGAGAAGGGCUUCGCAUUCCUGUUUGGAAACUUCAAGAAAUAUUACCUGCCGCACAUAUUCCCCAACUUUUCCAAGGAGACCAGUUUGUACCAUCCCAUACUGGAGGUUCCAUCAAUGAGACCAAAGCCUUACUACAGUGUGGUGAAGAAAGACCCAGAGACCAACGAGGCAGUGUACUGCACUAAGGAGAGCCUCCUCAAUGCCCGGGUCAUCUUCAUCCGCUGGCUGGUGUCCUUCUGGCUGGAGCCACGCUCCAACACUGGAACACACAUCCCUGGGGUGGACGGAGAGAGGGAGAGUGUGCCAAAGAACAUCCAGAGGGCAGCAGCUGGGCUGGCAGGGCGGGGACAUGGGCUGGGGGAUGACUUGGGCCCCAGGGCAGACAGCCUGGAUGGAGGGAUAGGUUGUGAGCAGGAGCAGUCCCACUCCAACACCUCCACCCUGACAGAGAGGGAGCCCAGCUCGUCUAGCCUGUGUAGUAUGGAUGAGGAGCACCUCACUGACAUGGAGGUUGUGAGAAGAGUCCUCUGUUCCUCCAGGACCAAUGUCAACUUCAUCACUGAGAUUUUCCGACAGGCCUUCCUGUUGCCAAUGUGUGAGGCUGCAGCCAUGAGGAAGGUGGUGCGGGUGUACCAGGAGUGGUUUGCCCAGGAGGACAAGCCUUUGUUUAUGAGGGAGCCGGAGGAGGAGAGGAUAUUUUCCACCGCCGGAGAGGUUAACCUGGAGCCUGUACCCCAGCAGGGCCCAGAGAAGGAAGAGAGGGUGAAUAAAGGGUCUGAGAAAGAGCUGCUGGAGUACAGUGUGCAUGCAGGUGUUCAGCCCACUCUACAGGUGUUUGUCACCAACUCGGCCAAUGUGUUUCUGCUGGAACCAGCCAAUGAGCUGAAGAUGCUGCUAGAGGAACAUGUUGACAUGUGCAAGAGAGUCCUUAACAUCUACCGAAGCCUGGUCAUGCAUGAAACCAUGGACCAGAAGACAUGGGAGCAGAUCCUGCUGGUCCUGCUGAGGGUAACCGAAUGUGUGAUGAAGAGACCUCCCUCAAUCAUGCCCCACGGCAAGAAGAACAUGACCCUCUCAGGGAGACUGGCUGGGGCAGUCUUUCAGACCCUGAUAGUGGCGUGGAUCAAGGGGAACCUGAACGUGUACAUCUCCAGGGAGCUGUGGGACGACCUGCUGGCCGUGCUGUCCUCGCUCACCUGCUGGGAGGAGCUGGUCACAGAGUGGUCCCUCACCAUGGAGACGCUCACCAAGGUUCUGGCCCGCAACCUGUACAGUCUGGACCUCAACGAGCUGCCGCUGGACAAGCUGAGCGAACAGAAACAGAAGAAACACAAAGGAAAAGGGGGAGCUCACGAGGGCCAGAAAAUGGCUGUGGACCGUUCAUUCUCUAAGGGCUGGAGCAGGGACCAGCCUGGGAGUGGGAGCGGCCAGGCAGCAGCCAUGAGGCAGCGCAGUGCCACCACCGCUGGCUCCCCGGGCAUGGAGAAGGCCAGGAACACUAUACGCCAGAAGACUGGGGCCCUGCGUAGCUGCUCUACGGGCGACAGCCUCCUGUCCCAAGCCUUUAUCCGCAGCGCUAAAAGUGCCCCUGUCCUCGUCCAUCACCACCACCCUCUCCUGCCUGACUCUGUCCUCACUCCCCUAGCUGACAAGCUGGCAGACAUGGACGAUCCCCCGAUGGCCUCUCGGACCCCCAGGAUCCGCCACUGCUCCCAGAGCGAGGAUACCCCAGCCUCGGAGUUGUUUUCGGCGUCUGGCGACCUGGACCCCCAGGGGUCCACGCUCCCCCGCAGCAGCAGCGCCUCCGACAUCAUGGAGCCCUUCAUCGCCGAGAGGGUCAAAGGUGCACUUCCUGUCCCUGACAGUCCCCCCUCUCACCCAACCACUGCUGUCUCUGUCCCCCACCUCCACGCCCUGCAGCCCUCCAAAAACCCCACUACCCUAGGUAACAGCGUGGCCUCUCUGGAGGUGGGGGAUAGCAUUUAUGACCACCUGUGGCAGAUGAUAGGCCCCCGCCCCCUUUCCCCUGACUGGACGUGUGGUGGAACCUCCUUCUCCUCCACCCUCACCCAGUCCUCCGAGAGAGAGGAGGAGGGGGAGACUGAGGGUGAGGAGGACCUGCUUAGCUCUCUCAGGGAGUAUCUGAUGCAAAGAAGCCUGGAGGAGGGAGGUGGAGGGGGGGAGAGGGGUGGCCCUAGUGAGGCUGUGGAGGGUAGCGCUGUGGCUGUGACGGUACAGUCAGGGUCACAGCAGGUCAGGAGACAGGUCCAGGUAAGGCAGCAGAGCAGCUUGGACUCAGCAGAGGAGGACAGUGCAGAGGCAGAGCAGCAGCCUCCUGAGAGGAGCAUUUAUGAGUGUCUGGAGCAGAGUGAUGACUGGGAGCUGGCCAGCAGGGGGCACUCUAGUCUAGACCAGCAGGUAACUCCUCAGGGCACAGAGAAUAGAGGAGAGCCCCACUUGGUCAGGCAGGAUGCCACAGAGUGUGAGUAUAAUAACGAGACAGGAGGUUCAGGCUUACAGGCCCCUCAGCCCCGGCAGCAGUCCCAUUCCCUCCACCACGCCCUCAAGCCUAGGUUGGUCCGGGGCAGGCUCAAAAAGCACCACGGGGGAGGGGUGCACGUCAGUUUCCGGCCCUCCACAGAGUCUGUCCAGUUCCACAACCCUCUAGACUCCAAGGAGGCCCACUGGAGGACCAGGCUGCGCCGCCUCAGCCACUUCAGCAGCCACUCUGUAGGAGUGGGGGGGUCUGGAGGGGCAGGAGUGGGUGGGUCAAAGGGUAAAGAGAGAUCAGGAGGGGAGGGGGUGAGCGGAAACGGGGAGCAGCCUGAUGGGGAGGGCAGUGGAGUGGGGGGUCAUGCGACAGGGCAAGGGCGUGUCCGUCUUGGGCGCUCUGCCCUUCGGCCCCGUGGGACCCGGUCCAGAUCCCAGGAUGCGGAAUCGGGGAUCAGUCCCUCUCGGCAGCAGCAGGGGGCUCUGUUGGGCGGUGUGUAUAAAUCUGUGGUCCAUGCUCUCUCCAAGCCCAAGGCCCACGCCUCCGGCUCCGCGUCUCCCCAGCGGCACAGCAAAGCCCCCGGCGGGGCCACAGAGGCGCCCCUGAGGGACCUGUACACUCAUGUAUUGGGCUAUUUUGGAAGAAAAGCACCAGCCAACAAAGAGGAAACUUGUCAGAAGAUGCGGCCUGUGUCCAGUGACGCAGGCAACAGCAGCCAAAACUUUGGAGACCUGAUGGACGAGUUUAUCCAAGAGCGUCUGCGAGCGGGAGGCACCUCUGGUAUGACCAGGCGUGGCAGCAGCCCCGGUAGUCUGGAGAUCCCUAAGGACCUGCCAGAACUCCUGAACCGUCAGAACUCCACACGACCCGUGGACGACCCCGGCGUGCCCUCCGAGUGGACCUCCCCAGCCAGUGGCAGCAGCAGCGACCUAAUCAGCUCCGACAGCCAAUCGGACUCAUUUAACGCCUUCCAGUACGCCAACUGCAAGUUUGAAAAUUUCAGCUUUGGUCCAGAUGGCUGUGGUGCGGGGUCGUUGGACCAGGAUACCACCAGCCUGGGAGGAGUACCCCAGACUGCAGAGGAACCGGAGCUGUCCAGUCUCACCACCCUGCACAUUGACUCAGAGACCAGUAGUCUGAGCCAGCUUGGCCUGUCUGCAGAUACCGUCACCAUCACAGGUUCAGAGAGUGCGUCCCCGAUGCAUUCCCUGGGGGGUUCCCGCUCUCAGACCCCGUCCCCAGCCACGCUGACCGCUGAACAUGUAGCUCUGCAGCACAAGGACCUGCAGCUGGAUGAGAAACUACGUCACUCUGUAGUACGGACUCCGGAUGACCUGGAAACCAGUGAAUUUCCUACAGAGGACUGCAGUGUGAUGGCUGGUGGCUCGCUGACUGGUUGGCACGCUGACGUUGCCACGGUGAUGUGGCGGAGAAUGCUAGGCAUUCUGGGAGAUGUGAACACCAUUAAGGACCCAGAGAUCCACGCGCAGGUCUUUGACUACCUCUGUGAGCUGUGGCAGAACCUGGCCAAGAUCAGGGAUAAUCUGGGGAUCUCUCUGGACAACCAGUCGUCUCCUCCUCCCCCGGUCCUCAUCCCUCCCCUUCGGAUCCUCACCCCCUGGCUCUUCAAAGCGACCAUGCUGACUGAGAGGUACAAACAGGGGAAGCUGCACGCCUACAAGCUCAUCUGUAAGAUCAUGAAGAGGAGGCAGGACGUAUCGCCCAACUCGGACUUCCUCACACACUUCUACAACAUCAUGCACUGUGGCCUCAUGCACGUCGACCAGGACAUAGUGAACACCAUCAUUAAGCACUGUUCUCCUCGGUUCUUCUGCAUCGGCCUUCCCGGGGCCACCAUGCUCAUCCUGGACUUCAUCAUCGCAGCCAGCAGAGUCACAGCCUGCUCUUCGCUCAACGCCCCGCGGGUGGAGGCUCAGAUCCUGCUGGGUUCUCUGGUGUGUUUCCCUAACCUGUAUGAGGAGCUGCCCGCCCUGCACCCCACCACCGCUGACGUGGUCAUGACCAAGUUCAGAGACGUCAAGGAACACAUCAUCAAACACAUCCUGAGUUCAGCAAGAGAUGAGCCUUCAGCUCCAGCCAGGUGUGUGGCCCUGUGCAGUCUGGGUAUCUGGCUGUGUGAGGAGUUGGUCCACGGCACCCAACACACUCAGAUCAAAGAAGCCCUCAACGUCAUCUGUGUCACUCUGAAGUUUCCAAAUAAAACUGUCGCGCUGGUGGCCUCCGACAUUCUGCACUUGCUCAUAAACUAUGUCGAUGACCUUCAGAAAUUCCCCCCAGACACUCCAAAGAAAAUAGUUGAGAUCCUCAUAGCGACCGUAACUCACCUGCUCCCCACUACAGAAUCUUCCCCUCAUGAACUGGACAAGAGGUUGGUGGUGUCUCUGCUGUUGUGCCUCCUGGACUGGGUGAUGGCUCUGCCUCCUAAGACUCUGCUGCAGCCUGUCCAAACACUCAGCCCUGACAAGGACAAGCCAGACAAGUCUGUCAUCAGCUGUAUCUAUAAGGUGCUGCAUGGCUGUGUGUAUGGGGCCCAGAACUUCAACAGCCCCAGGUAUUUCCCCAUGAACCUGUCAGACCUGACCAGUCCUGACUACGACCCCUUCCUGCUGCUGGAGAGUCUGAAGGAACCAGAGCCCCUCCACUCCCCUGACUCAGAACGCUCCUCCAAACUACAGCCGGUCACCGAGGUACGGAGCCGUAUCCAGCAUGGUCUGAUCUCCAUCGCAGCCAGGACAGUCAUCACCCACCUCGUCAACCACCUUGGCCACUACCCCAUGUCUGGAGGCCCUGCUACCUUGACCAGCCAUGUCUGUGAGAACAUGGACAACCCCUACAGCGAGAGCCCUGACCUGGCCCCAGAGCUCUUCGACGGGCCCAACCUACAGUUCUUUGUCCUGAACGGUACCACCCUCCUGUCCUGUCUCCAGAUCCGGGCUGAGGACGGUGUGCCCGGAGGUGGGAUGUCUGCAGGCCUCACCACUACCAGCGCCUGUGUGAGGGUUAUUGUUAGGGAUAUUUCCGGCAAACACUCGUGGGACUCGGCUGUACUGUACGGCCCGCCUCACUGUGGUGCUCCUAACCAGCCCCUGCACCUCUACAGUAAAAUACCUACAGAGAGAACGAAUACAGAUGGGGAGAAGAACCGAGCAGGGGAGCUUGGCGAGAGGGAAGAGGGGGCUGCACUGGAGGAGGAGGAAGAAGAAGAAGUGGUUGUGGUGCUGGGAGAGGAUGAGCUGGGAGAGGAGGAGCAGGGGGAGGCUGUGGAGGAGGAAGAAGAGGGGGAGGAGGAAAGUGCCUUGGAGCUGAUGGCCCCGCAGGCAAAGCGUGUGUGUCGGGAGGUGGUUCCGUCCUGGGACUCCCUACGAGAAGAUGACGUUCUAGAUGAGAUGCUGCAGUACCUGGGCUACUCCAGCCCCGAGUGUCUGCAGCGCGCCGGAGCCCCCCUCAACAUCCCCGCCCCGCCCCCUGUCUGCGUCUCGGAGAAGCAGGAGAACGACGUGAUCAAUGCCAUCCUGAAGCAGUGUGCUGAGGAGAGGGACUUUGCGGUGCACAGGGGGAAUGGGCUGAGCAUGAGGGCUGUGGAGCAGGGGGAGCCGGAGCCCCACAGGCCCCAGUCAGCCUUUUACUACUGCAGGCUGCUACUCAACAUCCUGGGCAUGAACUCCUGGGAGAAGAGGAGUAACUUCCAUCUCCUGAAGAAGAACGAGAAACUGCUUAGAGAGCUGAAGAACCUCGACUCCAGGCAGUGUCGAGAGACUCACAAGAUAGCCGUGUUUUACGUGGCGGAGGGGCAAGAGGACAAGCACUCUAUCCUGUCUAACACCAGUGGUAGUCAGGCCUACGAGGACUUUGUCUCUGGGCUGGGCUGGGAGGUGAAUCUGACCAGUCACUGUGGCUUCAUGGGAGGUCUUCAGAGGAACAAGAGCACGGGUCUGACCACGCCUUACUUCGCCACCUCUACCGUCGAGGUCAUGUUCCACGUCUCCACACGCAUGCCCCCCGACUCUGACGACUCACUCACCAAAAAGCUACGCCAUCUUGGGAAUGAUGAGGUGCACAUCGUGUGGUCGGAGCACUCCCGAGACUACAGGAGAGGCAUCAUCCCCACGGAGUUUGGAGACGUCCUCAUCAUCAUCUACCCCAUGAAGAACCACAUGUACAGCAUCCAUAUCCUCAAGAAGCCAGAGGUCCCAUUUUUCGGGCCGCUGUUUGAUGGAGCCAUAGUGGAUGAGAAGAUCCUUCCCACCAUGGUCCGGGCUACAGCCCUCAAUGCCAGCAGGGCUCUAAAAUCCCUCAUCCCCCUCUACCAGAACUUCUACGAGGAGAGAGCCCGUUACCUGGAGACCAUCGUCCAGCACCACCUAGAGCCAACCACCUUUGAGGACUACGCAGCGAGGGUCUUCUGCCCCGCCCCCUACCACCACCACCUCUCAGACCCCGAGAGCUUGAUAUUUCUGCUCCUCCCCAAAACUCCACUAGAAAACAUUGGGCUCGGCAAGGUAAAGGGCAAAGGCUUGAAACGGAAGGUCUUUCAUGCUAGCUGUGAAUGGCUCAUGCCUCGAGAGUCAGGAGGGAGAAAGUCCAGCAGCAGUGCAGCUAGACGGGGCCGACCAGUUAGCCUCGCCAAUGUCCCCUCGUACUAGCAAGAGCCGCAUGUCCAUGAAGCUCCGACGCUCCUCCGGCUCGGCCAAUAAGACCUGAUCGGACUUUCCCUCCGCUGAUCGUCCUCCAUGCAACGCCCUGCAUGAGGUCACAGCCUUCAGACAAACCGACUGACUCUCUGUACUGUACAGCUAGGACUGCACUGCAACUACCAGCCUUUACCUGCUAACAGUGCUGCAUCGCAUGUUGUGUACCCCCACUACUAUAUGGACAUGGACACGCCUGCCCUGCAGGGUCAGAAUUAGCAUCAACCCUACUGCACCACCCUUCCAAGAUGCAGGAUAAGGCCUUGAACAGAGCCAGACCCUCAGGGGCCCCCAGGACUCAGCUUGUGCUAGCAGGGCCUCCAACAGAAUACACAAGUCCCCUGGGCAAGGUUAACUAUGCUCACUACCACCUCAAACCUUACACAAAAUAUAAUAUACAUAGAUAUAUAAAAGAAGCAGCAUCGGUUUGGUUUUGUACCGAAAGCAUAAAGGCAACAUGCGAGAUGUGUUCAUUGUAAGUAGCAUUGUUGAUGGUUGAAAUCACUUGAUAUUAGACUGAGAUGAACUACAGUGUGGUCUUUCUCUGCUCUUGUAGCUGAGCAGAGUGGCUAAUAUCCUGUCCUCCCUGCUCUCUGGGCCCCUGUCUCUGGGCCACUGUCUCUGGGCCCCGGUCUCUGGGCACCUGACUCUGCACCCACUAGGAAAGGGAUUGUAAGAGUUUGUAAGAAAGAACAAAGAAACACGAAGUAAGAAAAUAUUAUUUGUCAUAUUUGGUCACUGUGUCCACCGUGAGACAAAUUUAUAUAUAUAUUUGUACUGUAUUCUGUAUAUACAGGAGUUGUCACUUUCUUUAUGGACUGAAGCGAUGUCAGCCAGUGUUCAAAGAUGAGAUGAACGUUUUGAAGUUGGAAGAUGUUUGUUUCUAGAAUUGUGAGAUGGAAAUUGUUUGGUUAAAGUGAAGCACUUAAAUUUUGGUUUUGGUUUUCACGCUAAACGUGCAACUGAGUUUGACAUUCUGAGUUCACUACUGUUGUUCUUUUGAGGGUCACAUGUAUUUUUUUUUAUCGAGAUUGUAAAAUUGUUUUUCACCUGAUAAAGAAUGUUACUGAUUAUUUAGUUUUGUUCAUAUACAAUGUGUUGUAUUGAACCAGCCCUUUUUUCACUUAUGAUGACUAUAUUAUAUAUAUGAGAAUACAUAUUUAAGGUGUAUAGUGUUGAGGACCAUAUCUGGUCUGUGUACAUAUUUGAAUAUAGCUGCCAAAAAAAAACUAAACUUCUAUUAACUUCAAGAUUCGUCGACCAAAGGUUGGAUGUGUGAUCAGAUCUUCUGCUUGUGUUUCAUAUAAGAGGUCUUCUGCCUCGGACGUCAUCACAAAGCUUGCAUCCUGAAGUUGGCCAAUACAACGCUGUACUGUAGCUUUGUCCACAGCUAGAAAAAGCUCAUUACUGUUAUGGUCGAGUGUCUGUCUGUGCAACAACACAAAUGUGGAUGGAAAGAGGACCAUCUCCUAUGAUAUGGAGACAUUCCCUCCUGUAAAGUAUUGGUAUUAACACAGUAUGUACUGAAUAGGAGCUUAAACAACCAUAUACCGUUUCUUCACUGUCCAGCUCGCUAAUAAUCACCUAAAUUAAAUCUAGACAGGAAGUAUCGAAAAUUAGCGAGACUGUUGUCUAUUUUUUGCCAAUUUGGGCUGCGAGGGAGUAUAAAACAUUUUCAGUGUGGCCCUCUGGACCUCGUUGGAGACCGAAUGCCGUCCCUUGGGCAAAAUGAGUUUGACACCACUUAUUUAUUUGGGUUCUUCUGAAACUCCAGCUAGGGUCUCUGCAGGUGGGCUUCACAGCAAGCUAAUGUGCUAUUUGUCUAGAACACUUCUCUCCUGUCCGCUUCAUGUAUUGUAGCAGGUCUUCAUCGUGGUCUUCCACCCUUGCCUGCUUCUCAAACAACACCUGUACCUGGGUCGUUCUUGAGUUCUGAUGGAGUUUUGGGGGGGGGGGGGAUUAAUUUUUUUCUUUAAAAAGAAAAAUGUAUUUGGGUACAUCGUUCCAUUCUAAAUCAACUAAUAUGGCAGCUUAAUGACCUUAAAUAAUGUUUACCAUUAUGAUAGCAUUGUGCCACCAAUAGGAGUAGUAACACCGAUGAGACAUUUUAGGUUGAGGAUUUUCUUGUAAGGUCAUUAAAAAUAUAAAUAAUUUACUAAAGUGAUAUGAUUAAUUUUGCUCACAAUGUAAUUUCCCUUCAUUUAAAUUGAGUAAUACCUGUUGGAUUUAAACACCAAAUUAUCAAUGGAAUCCUCACAUUUAUGACAUACUUAAAGGGUGUGAUUAGCUAAACAUUUUCUUUAAUAUAGACCCCUCCCCGAUAAGUUUGCCACUGGAGGGAAUGCUCAAGGUCGUUGUAUAUCUUUGCAAUGAGUGAUUUUCAAGGCGGUAACACCAGUGACAUAAAACUGAUGGACAGUUUUUUUUUUAAAUGGCCUGUUUUUAUUUAUCUAUACCCGGGAUGGGCAACUCCAAUCCUCGGGGGCCUGAUUGGUGUCACAUUUUUGCCCCCACCCCUGCUAACACACCUGACUCCAAUAAUCAAAUAAUCAUGAUCUUCAGUUUUGAAUACAAUUAGUUUAAUCAGCUGUGUUAGGUAUAGGGAUGGGGGAAAAGUGUGACAGCACUCCGGCCCCUGAGAACUGGAGUUGCCUAUCCCUGAUCUAUACAAUCUAUUAAAUACUUUUGUUCACUUUCUAGUAUUCAAAAUAAUCGAUCACUAAAUCCCCAAAACAUGUCAAUACAACUCUACAUCACUACUGGAAAAAGCCAAUUUCCUUAUCCUUAGUACUUUAAACAAUGCAUAAACAUAAAGUGUUGCAGUAUAAAGGACUUACAUGAUGUUUUAGUAUUGAUAAACUGUUCCCUAUAGACAAAAGCAUGUAUGAUGUGUAACUAUAUUUGUCAUUUUAAAGUGUGUUUCGUGGUUGCGAAGGCAAGGGAGGCAAAUCCCACUGCAAUUCAAGAACGACCCACCCCUUUGUCACUCCAGUUGCCAACUGUGUCCAACUUUACGACACACUAACAGGGCAAACACUGCAUUUUUAUCUUUGAAUUCUGCUAUUAUUUUGUGCUAUACUUUAUCGUUAUUUGCUUUCAGCUAUAGGUUCUCUGCUAGAGAGGAAAGGGAUUGUAAAUACCUGUUUUGGACCUUUUUGGUUGUAAUAUCUUUUAAAAACUGCUGCCAUGUCUAAGGUCAAAUCCAUGUUAUUUUUGUGUUACGUUUGAAUAUAUGAGCUUGAAAUCCGUUCCGAUAGAGUUAUUAUAAGAUAACCGAGGAUGAGAACUAAAAACUUGCCAGAGAGAGUGAGGAAAUCAUGCUGCAUCCUUACUUAAAGCUGAGGAGAUUGGAUAAGAUUGGUUUGCUCUCUCCCUACACUCAGACGGGACUGAAACUUGUACAUACUGUAAAGUUUAAAAAACAUUUAAAAAAGAAAUGACUUGCUCAUUUAUGGAGUUAUACUGUAUGUUACUACUGACCAAAUACUGCAUGAUGCCAGUAGGCCUACUAACUGCAUGUGUUGGUAUAACAUCUACACACAAUCACACAAAAUGAAAUAGUAUUGGCAUACUUGUAUCUAUACAUUUGUAAUGGCUGUCCAGAAAGAGAGUGGGUGUGCAAUGGAAUUUGACAAUAAAAAGUAUUCUUAC